UCAUGUGUGUCAAAAUAAAAUAGACGUAAUAAAUACAAAUUUUAGUUAAAACCAGUAUUAGUAUUUAUGUAUAACAAUGCACAAAAUUAUUAGCACUGACAGUGUAAUUAUAGAAAUAAAAUGAAAGCAUCGAUAAAAACUGCAAGGAGAGUAGGACCACCACCAAGAAAAUCUGAAGAUAUCUACAAGAAAGAAGUAGUGACGAAGUUACAUGCGAAAGUGGAUAAAACUGUUCCUUAUUCAAAUAAAAGACGCGAUACUAGCAAGAACAAUGCUUGUAGCAGCUCUAGAACCCCAAAUAAAGACGUAAGAACUAUUUCAUUGGAAAUUCCAGUACUUGGUUUAGAACGAGCAGUUGUGUGGCCUAGAACACCGUCUAAACUAAAACUGAGAAAAAGGAUUAUAAAAAACUCUAUAAAAGAGGAGGAUGAGCUUGAAUCUAUAAAUAAUGUUGUGCAAAUGAGUGAAGGAAAACAAUCUUCAAAUGAAAAUGAAGUCACACCGUCAGUGAUCAUGAGAAAACCUUCGUCAUCUAUUUCGACUCAGAACAAAUAUUCCAAAGCAUCAGUAAAAUCAAAUAAAGAACACCAAGUACCGCCAAAUUCUGAAGUUAAAGUUGGAGACAAUGCAUCAAAAGGUGAUGAUAGUUCUAUGCUGGACAAUACUAUUAAGUCAACUGUAGACACUACAAAAAGAAGGGAUGGUUCUAUGUUGGAUAAUACUAGUAAGUCAACAGUAGACGGUACAAGAGUCCUGAGUAACCAAAUAGUCCAUGUCAAUUAUGAAACAACAGUGGUAAAAAAUAUACCUUCUGGUACAUCCAGAAUUCCAACACCGAAAAAGAAUCAAAAAGUUAUACCUAAAAAGAAACAACCAAGUGACCUGAAAGUUAGUGAGAUAUGGAAAUCCAAAAAGACUAAUAAAUUAACAAAAGAAGAAAUUGAAUCGAUGUCAUCUUUAGCCAGCAGCAGCAAAUUAGGCAGCGGAGUGAUAAAAAAAAGUUCUUCUUCGGUCACAAAACAACGGCCAGCUUUAAAAACUGAUGUAAAAACCAAAGAGAGUGUGGAGAAAUCUUUGAGGAAUCAAAAAAAUCUUAGUGCUCAAAAAUUAUCUUACGUUUUUAAAAGUAGUCAACAAGCCAUAAGUAAUAGAGGCAAAGAGAAAUCAGGAAUAAGUAAACAAAAAGUUUCUAAUCCCACCAAAGUCAAUCAGAGCCGUUCAUAUUUAAAACCAAAUACCAUAAAUGAAGAAAUUAAACAAACAUCAAAAGGAGACGUCACGUUUAAAAACGACAAAGACAUUGAUAAACUUUUAAAGAAUGUAAACGACAUGAAGAAUUUUAUCAAAGAAAUACCUGUGCCGAAGAAAAAAAAUGGCGUUGACACGUAUAACAAAAAGUUAUAAUGUACUGAUUUUUAGACAACACUCAGUGACGGUUUGUUGGAGUAGAAUAAAUGAUUAAAUAUAUUUCCGUAAUAAAUCAGA